AUGACUAAUGCACUAAUUCAUGAAUUAAUGGAAUAUACCAAAGAUUCGUCUGCAGCAAUUUGUGCAUUAUAUAGGUUGAAUACCUCCAAGGAAGAUGAAAUUAACAAUAUUUAUCUUAAAAUCAAAAAUGCUUUGAUCGAUACCAAAAUUAUUACACCCAAGAUGAUUCUAUCAAUGAUUCAUUUAGCUUGGAAGUACAAUAUCAAAUACUACAAAUCCUACAAAUUAAUUUUCAAAAAAGUUUAUGAAGAAAAUCAUUUGACUUUUGAUCCAAGAGUAUCUCAAGCAAUUCCAUUUGUUUUAUGGUCAGAUCUCAAAGAUAAAAAUGGAAUUAUAUUUUCAGAGAUGUCUGAUUUUAAAAUUAGAAAGAACAAAUCUAAAAAUUAUUCCUUGGAUUUUCUUGAAGGGAACUCAACCCAUAGAGCAAUUAUGGAUGAUAACAUUGAAUUGUUUAUAUUUUGCACAGAAAGAGAUGGAUUUGAUGCAAAACAAACUAUAAAUAAUGAUUUAUUUCCAUAUCCAACCAAUUCGUUACUAGAACUUUGUUGUUAUCAUGGAGCAGUUCAAUGCUUUAAAUUUUUAAGAACAAAGUUCAAGUCAGAGAUAACACAAAAAUGUGUUUCGUAUUCUUUUUUGGGUGGAAAUCCAGACAUAAUGUCUGAAUGCAUGAAUGAAAUUGACCCAGACCAAGAAAGUAUGAAAUAUGCAAUUAUAUCUCAUAACAUUGAUUUUGUUACAUUUUUGACGAAUGAGCAUGACUUAGAAAUUGAUUUAUUAGAUUGCAUUCAAUACCUUAACCUUCAAGCAAUCUUUGUUUAUUUAGGUCAAACUAGUUUAAUCAACCAAUGUUUUGUCCAUUUAACAGUUUUUAAUCUCCCGAAGAUUUUCGAAGUUUUUCUUUCAUCGAAAGCAGAUGUCAAAUCCGUUGACAUAAACGGAUGUACAGCACUUCAUUAUGCAGCAAGAUAUAAUAACAAAGAAACAGUAGAAUUUCUUGUUACACAUGGUGCAUUAAUUGAUGCAAAAAGUACAGAUGGAUACACAGCACUUCAUUUUGCGACACAAGAUAGUAGCUUGGAUUCAAUGAUAAUUCUCAUUUCACAUAAAGCUGAUGUUAAUUCAAGAACUAAAGAUGGAUAUUCAGCCCUUCAUUUUGCCGCAUUUUAUAAUUACAUUGAUGCAGCUAGAAUCCUCAUUUCACAUAAUGCAGAUGUUAACGCAAAAGAUAGCCAAGGAUGCCCAGUCCUCCAUUUUGCAGCACAAUUAGAUAACGUCGAAUUAGUAGAUCUUCUCAUUUCAAAUGGUGCAAAUAUUAAUUCAAAGGACAAAAAUGGAGAUUUGGUCCUUCAUACGGCAGCCCAUUGUAAUCAAGCAGAAGUUAUACAAAAUCUUAUUUCACAUGGUGUAGAUAUUAAUGCAAAAGAUAACGAAGAAUCUACUGCUCUUCAUAUUGCAGCAUUGAAUAACUGUCAAAGUGUCGCAGAUAUUCUUAUUUCCCAUGGUGCAAACGUUAAUGAAAAAGGUGCUGGAGGUUAUACGGCCCUCCAUUUUUCAGUUAAAAAAAACUACAGAGAACUGACCGAAUUUCUCAUCUCACAUGGUGCAAAUAUUAAUUCUAAAUGUAAUAAAGGUUUUACACCUAUUCAUUUUGCACUAUUAGAUAACCGCAAAGAAAUGAUAGAGAUUCUGGUUUCACAUGAUGUCGAUAUUAAUGCAAAAAACGAAAAUGGAUUAACAGCCCUUCAUAUAGCAGCGCUACAAAAUUAUGCAGAAUCUGCAGAAAUUCUCCUUUCACAUGGUGCUGAUGUUAAUGCAACAAUGAAAUACAACAUGACGGCUCUUCAUUGCGCUGCAAAGGCAAAUAGCAAAGAAACAGCAGAAAUUCUAAUUUCUCAUGGUUCUGAUAUCAGUGCAAAAGACUUUGAAGAAUGCACAGCCCUUCAUGUUGCAGCAAUGAAUAAUAGUCAAGAAGUCGCAGAAACUCUCAUUUUGCAUGGGGCAGAUGUUAAUGCAACAAUGAAAUACAACAGGACGGCUCUUCAUUGCGCUGCAAAGGCAAAUAGCAAAGAAACAGCAGAAAUUCUAAUUUCUCAUGGUUCUGAUAUCAGUGCAAAAGACUUUGAAGAAUACACAGCCCUUCAUGUUGCAGCAAUGAAUAAUAGUCAAGAAGUCGCAGAAACUCUCAUUUUGCAUGGGGCAGAUGUUAAUGCCAAAAGCCAAAACGAGAUCACUGCUCUUCAUAAUGCUGCACAAAACGAUAGCAAAGAUACAGCAGAAAUUCUAUUAUCAUAUGGAGCCGAUGUUAAUGCAAAAAAUAUUGACGGAGAGACAGCACUUCAUAUGGCAGCAUUUCAGAAUUUCAAAGAUUUUGCAGAAAUUCUCAUUUCACAUGGUGCGAAAAUUAAUAAAAAAGACAACAAUGGAGGUACAGCACUUCACACUGCAGCAUUUUCAAAUUCCAAAGAAACAGUAGAAACUCUCCUAUAUCAUGGUGCAAAAGUUAAUGAAAAAGACAAUAAUGAAGAUAGACCACUAGAUAUGGCAAUUUUAAAUUUACAAAUGGAUGAAGAUUUAGCAAAUAUUCUGAUUUCAUAUGGAGCUAAAACGAGAUUUGCUAAACAAAAUUGUUGUAACAUAUUUUGA